GUGAAACGAGAAAUAUAUAUCUCUAUUAUCUUAACCAUGUACUCCAUGUCAAGAUUGUCUGUAGUUAAUGUAGCUAAAAGUUUGCUUCCAUUAGCCAUGAAGCGAAACUUUGCUACGGCUCAUCGUGUUAAUGGUGAAUUUGUAAAGAUUGUCGAAGUGGGUCCAAGAGACGGUUUGCAGAAUGAAAAGACACUAGUACCUGCCUCUGUAAAGAUCGAGUUGAUCGAAAGACUUGCUAAUAAUGGCUUACCUGUUGUUGAAGUUACCAGUUUUGUUAGUCCCAAGUGGGUUCCUCAGAUGGGAGACAAUAAAGAAGUAUUUACAUCCAUCCAAAAGAAACAGGGCGUUGGCUAUCCUGUGUUGACGCCUAACCUCAAGGGUCUUGAAGGCGCCGUUGCAUCAGGCGCUCAAGAGGUAGCCUUGUUCACAGCUGCUACCGAAUCGUUCAAUCGCAAAAAUACAAACUGUUCAACCGAGGAAUCUCUAAAGAGAGCUAGAGAAAUCACUAAAAAAGCUUUGGAUCAGAACUUAAAAGUGAGAGGGUAUCUGUCCUGUGUUUUGGGUUGUCCAUAUGAAGGACCUGUUAACCCAGAGAUUGUGGCUUCCAUGGCUAAGGAGCUCUAUGAAGCAGGCUGCUAUGAAAUUAGUUUGGGCGAUACAAUUGGUGUAGGCACAGCUGGAUCCAUGGGUGCCUUACUGGAGCAUGUGCUCAAGGUUGUGCCUGUAGAUGCAGUUGCCGUACAUUGUCAUGAUACUUAUGGCCAAGCAUUGGCAAAUAUAUUGAAGGCCUUGGAGUAUGGUGUACGUGUCGUAGAUAGCUCUGUUGCUGGCCUGGGUGGAUGUCCAUAUGCCCCUGGAGCCAAAGGUAACGUAGCAACAGAAGACGUGGUGUACAUGUUGAAUGGAUUAGGAUAUAAAACCAAUGUUGACCUGGAUGGUUUAAUCGAGACAGGUCAAUGGAUUUCUGAAAAGUUAGGUAGACCCACUAGCUCCAGAGCAGGUGCUGCAUUAAUGCUCGCUAGAAAGCGUAAACAAGAAUUAGAAAAGUCAAAAUUAUAA